GGUAAGACGUAAGAGCAUCCCAUACGGUCGUAAUUCUCUCCCAUUUCCAAUUUUUAGGGCACCCUUUUUCCCUCCUCUCUCUCCUCGUCGAUCGGUCCAUUUUUCCCGGGAAAUCCCGACUUCGCGAGAACUUUCCCGGGAAAUUAAUAAAUAAAUAAAUAAUGGCUAGCCAAGGGAGUUCGACGAGGAAAAGUAUGUCGUCUUCGUCGUUGCAUGGAAGGAAAAAAGCUAACGAGGGAGGAGGAGGUCCUGAUGCUUCUAGGAAAUCUCUCACUGUUUCGCGCUCUAUGGGACUGACUGGAGAGCGCACAGUAAAACGGCUGCGCUUGUCAAAGGCCUUGACAGUUCCUGAGAGCACAAGCAUUUAUGAGGCUUGCCGUAGGAUGGCUGCUCGUAGAGUUGAUGCCUUAUUGCUAACUGACUCUAAUGCGUUACUUUGUGGAAUCCUUACAGAUAAGGAUUUAGCUUCAAGAGUAAUUGCUUCUGAGGUCAAUCUUGAGGAGACACCUGUUUCUAAAGUUAUGACUAGGAACCCUGUUUUUGUUCUCUCUGACACUCUUGCUGUGGAAGCUCUCCAGAAGAUGGUUCAAGGAAAAUUCAGACAUUUGCCUGUUGUCGAGAAUGGAGAGGUAAUUGCCCUACUGGACAUAGCGAAGUGUUUAUAUGACGCUAUUGCUCGUAUGGAAAGGGCUGCAGAAAAAGGAAAAGCCAUUGCUGCAGCUGUCGAAGGUGUUGAAAAAAAUUGGGGGGCAUCCAUAUCUGUCCCCAAUACAUUCAUUGAGACACUUCGAGAGAAAAUGUUUAGGCCUGCUUUGUCUACUAUAAUACCGGAGAAUUCAAAGGUUGUAACUGUAUCACCGUCAGAAACUGUUUUGGUGGUGACAAAGAAGAUGCUUGAAUCUCGAUCAGGUUGUGCAGUAGUGACUGUUGAUGAAAAACCCCGAGGAAUUUUUACUUCAAAAGAUAUCUUGAUGCGAGUAAUAGCACAAAAUCUUCCUCCAGAUUCAACUCUUGUAGAGAAGGUCAUGACUCCCAAUCCAGAAUGUGCAACAAUUGAUACACCAAUUGUUGAUGCUCUGCACACCAUGCAUGAUGGGAAAUUUUUGCACCUUCCUGUGCUAGACAGAGAUGGGAACAUAGUUGCUGUCAUUGAUGUGAUUCAUAUCACUCAUGCUGCAGUCGCCACAGUCGGGAAUACAACUGGAGCAAAUAAUGAGACUGCAAGCACAAUGAUGCAGAAGUUUUGGGAUUCUGCCAUGGCUAUGAGUCCUAAUGAUGACGAGGAUGAGUCGCGGAGUGAAGGUUCCUUGAAAAUGGCUUCUGAAGGGACAGAGACGGCGAGAUCUCUUCUCUAUCCAUCAUCAGGGUUGCCAAACAACUUUUCUUUUAAAAUUGAAGACAAAAAGGGUCGAAUGCACAGAUUUACUUGUGAGACCCGAAGUCUGACUGAUCUAAUAACUUCAAUCCUUCAGAGGCUAGGGGAUGAUAUUAACCGCAACAACUUACCUCAAAUUCUGUAUGAAGAUGAAGAUCAUGACAAAGUUGUUCUGGCAUCAGAUAGUGACCUCACCACGGCUGUAGAGCAUGCAAGAUCAGCUGGUUUGAAGGUAUUGUCAGCUUGGAUGUGCCCCCCCCCCCAACCCCAUGGACGUUAAGUUUUUUCAGAAAGUCUUGAUUAUGCUCAAGCAGAUGCAUGGGCUUCUGCAUACAGUACUGUUGCCGCAGGUGCUGCUCUUGUUGCUGGGUUAGGCGUAUUGGCAUACUUAAGGAGAUCUGGUUACUGAUACUCUUAAAGUUUAUACAAUCUUAACAUCCUUCUGAACUAAAAGGAGAAAUGGUAAUUCUUUGCGAGGGAAUUUUCCUACGAUUGAUGUUCUUAUAGAACGACAUAUACGAGAAAAAUUCAUUCUUGCAUCUAGUUAUUCUGUAAUUCGCAUUUAUAACUGCCACUUCUAUGUAUUUUGUCAUUGGAGGUGUGCUCCGUCACGAAUUUUCACGAAUUUGGAGAUUUUUGUGUACAGAAAUUACAGCCACCGUUCAGUUUGACUGAGGUUGCUUAUCAAAUAUAGGCAAGGCAAGAAAAGAGCUGCUUUUUCUUGUUUUUCAAAAA